AUGUCAGGUGGAGGGGGCGGCGCUGCCGACAAGGCGCUCGCCUACGUGGUCCUGGGUGAGCCAGCUAUCGGCCCCGGCCAGCAGGCGGUGAUUCCGCAACUGGUCACGGCACGCGACGCGAUAGAGCCACAGUGUGCUCCGGCGCGCCUGCCCGACACCGAGGCACCUAGCAAUCAGGCUGCUGCCCCGCCGCGCAGCAUCUGGACGCAGCUGGACAAGAUGCGCCUGCCUCGCCAGCGCACGGGUGAGCUGGGAAGGUACCUCGUCUCGGUCGGCUGGGACGGCGUCCGCGGCAGCGAGAGGACAACGGAGGUGAAGGACGGCAUCGAGCGGGACGGCAUGGAGGAGUGCGUCUGGAGGCAGCAGGUCCAGCUGACGGGGCAGCCGGGCGCACAGACCGUGCUCCUCCGCGUGCUGCGGGUGGGCAGGUCCGGGUCAGACCAGGCCCUCGUCGGGGAGCUGCGGCUGGACGCGGUGUCGGACGCCGGGACGAAGCCCGAUCCUUGGUACGACCUCGCGGGGAAGGAUGGCCUCAAGAGCGAUGCCAAGGUGAAGCUGCGCCUCGUUGAGCCGAAGCCCGACGCGGCCGCGCCGUCGGCCCGCAUCGCCCCCUCCGCCGUGGUGCAGGACCCGCACGCCGCAGCGGACGCGCGCCGGCCGCCCGACAAGGCGGCGGGCGCCCCGGCGGCGAAGUCGCCGCCCAUGCAGAGGGGCCGCGCGACCAGCCAUCUGAGCCACUUCCAGAGAGGAGGGGCACCCCUGCCGACGGACGAGGAGGGCUCCGACGGCGAGGAGGAGGAGGAGGAGUCGGAGCUCGCGGACGAGGAGGAGGAGGAGGAGGAGGAGCAGUCCGAGUCCGAGCAAGAGCAGUCCGCGGCGAGCGCGGGCACCGCCGGCAAGAGCGUGGGGACCGGCGGCAGGGCUGCGGGGCGCGCCCGCACGCCGCAGCAGCGCGCCGGUACGCCGCAGCGGGCCCGCGCGUGA